UCCUCAAUUCAACCUCAAAGCUACUUCGUAUCGCCUCUGCAAUUGCAGCACUUCUUUUCUCCAACCACUGCAUCUGUUUGGAUAUCGAAAAUAACCCGACCACAUACAAACUAAUUCAGAGGGCUCAUGGAUCUCCUAUCCACAGUCCGAAAGACCGGUUCGCGCGGCGGCGUUAACUUCAGCUGGGACGAUGUUGCCACAUCGGCGCACCGUGAAAACUAUCUCGGCCACAGCAUCAAGGCACCGGUAGGGCGAUGGGCCAAAGGCCGCGAUCUCAAUUGGUACGCCAAGGCAGAGCCGAGCGCGGCGAACUCAACAGAGACCGAGGAGGAAAAGGCAGCGCGCGAGCGCGCCGAAGAGAUUCGCAAGAUUAAAGAAGCCGAAGAAGAUGCGAUAGCCCGUGCGCUAGGCCUGCCGAUUACGCCACGAAAUGUAACCGGAGCGAACGCAGUGGCAGUGGAGGGAUCGAAAGUGCCAAACCGCGCAGAGCCGAGGGAUGAUCGAGGCCGAGAUUCACGCAGAGAACGUCACAGAGAUGAAGAUGGCCGGGAAAGGAGAAAGCACAAGGGUAGAGAGCGGGAGCGAGACUACAGUUUGGAUCGGGCGCGGGAUCGAAGUAGGGAAAGGAGACGCGAUGACCCGAGGAAUGGCCCAAGGGAUAGCGGAGCAAGGGACGUUCGCCAGCGGCGGAGGAGCCGUAGUCCAGAGUAUGAUAGCCGUCGCCAGGAACGACGACGAGAUGGCGGCCGCGACCGGAGCCGGAGUCGCGAAAGAGAGUACAGGAGGCGGCGGAGCAGAAGCCGCUCCCGUAGCAGCAGCCGCGACAGAGCUAGGACGAGGCAUCACGGCAGACGGCGGAGCAGGAGCAGAGACAGGGCUGACAGGUAGUCGACACAUCCAUCUCUCUUUGCGAAAAGCACCAAUGGAAUGGCGGUACUAGUUACCUGGAGAAUCAAUCAACACGCACUGCAAUGUGUCCCUAUUAAGAUAGUGUGAUGUGCUGGCAAGACGUAUGAGGAGCAUGGCGAUGAACAUAGGCCUGUGGAAUUAUCAGAAGGCUGCUCAUUCUUGUACAGGAUUCCUCUACAGUUGGUCCUUCAUCCAUUUUAUGUGUAGUACUACGUUGAUAGUACGCUCGGAGCGUAGCGUAAUGCACCCUGGGCGUCGUUGAUAUCGUCUUUAGGAACCACUAGGUGGACC